AUGACGGGAGACUGUCUCUCUACCGUCCAAGUGAGACGGGCAUGGGCUGGUGAGGGCGUGGGCGGGGCAUGGGCUGGUGAGGGCGUGGGCGGGGCAUGGGCUGGUGAGGGCGUGGGCCGGGCAUGGGCUGGUGAGGGCGUGGGCCGGGCAUGGGCUGGUGAGGGCGUGGGCGGGGCAUGGGCUGGUGAGGGCGUGGGCGGGGCAUGGGCUGGUGAGGGCGUGGGCGGGGCAUGGGCUGGUGAGGGCGUGGGCGGGGCAUGGGCUGGUGAGGGCGUGGGCGGGGCAUGGGCUGGUGAGGGCGUGGGCGGGGCAUGGGUUACCCCUAAGGACAAGACAAGAAACCCCACCAAUAAUUCAGUCCAACUUAGAGAUCAGUGA